AUGUCUCUUUACUGGGGUAGGCUAGCCUUUCCGUUUUGUAUCUUCUUCUUCUUCUUCUUCUUCUUCUUCUUCUUCUUCUUCUUCUGCAGCCUCCAUCUUUUUCCUUCUUCCUACUUUUCUUCCGUCCUGAUAAUUUUUAUUUCCUCUGACAAGUUAGUUUUGUAUUUUUCCACAACUGACUUUCGUCACGUGUUGUUAAUUUUACUUUGCCAAAACUUGUUUUUCUUUCUUUCUUUCUUUUUUCUUUCUUGCUUUCUAUAUUUCUUUCUUUCUUUCUUUCUUUCUUUAUUUCUUCUUCAUCUGCUCAUUGUUCUUUUCUUUCUCUCUCUCUCUCUCUCUCUCUCUCUCUCUCUCUCUCUCUAUUUCUCUUGCUUUUCUUUCUUUCUUUCUUUUUUCUUUCUUUCUUUUCAAUUCGAUUUCUUGACUUUUUUCUUUCCAUCCUCUCUUUCAUCUGUGGACGGCAAACUCAUCUCUCUCUCUCUCUCUCUCUCUCUCUCUCUCUCUCUCUCUCUCUCAUUUAUUGCUUUAUGUCUCUUUCUUUCUCUUUCUCUAUCUCUUUUUAUUGCUUCAUAUCUCUUCAUCAUCAUCCUCGUCAUCCUUUAUCUCUCUCUCUCUCUCUCUCUCUCUCUCUCUCUCUCUUCAUUAUCUUCUCUCUCUCUCUCUCUCUCUCUCUCUCUCUCUCUCUCUCUCUCUCUCUCUCUCUCUCUCUCUUUUCAUGCUGUAUUGAAGAAUCCAAACAAUUCUCUCAGCACGAGUCUGAAGAGUCCAAAACCUUCUCUCAGCCCAAGAUUGAAGAAUCCAAACACUUCUCUCAGCCCGAGUCUGAAUAGUCCAAAACCUUCUCUCAGCCCAAGAUUGAAGAAUCCAAACACUUCUCUCAGCCCGAGUCUGAAUAGUCCAAAACCUUCUCUCAGCCCAAGAUUGAAGAAUCCAAACACUUCUCUCAGCCCGAGUCUGAAUAGUCCAAAACCUUCUCUCAGCCCAAGAUUGAAGAAUCCAAACACUUCUCUCAGCCCGAGUCUGAAUAGUCCAAAACCUUCUCUCAGCCCAAGAUUGAAGAAUCCAAACACUUCUCUCAGCCCGAGUCUGAAUAGUCCAAAACCUUCUCUCAGCCCAAGAUUGAAGAAUCCAAACACUUCUCUCAGCCCGAGUCUGAAUAGUCCAAAACCGUCUCUCAGCCCAAGAUUGAAGAAUCCAAACUCUUCUCUCAGCCCGAGUCUGAAUAGUCCAAAACCGUCUCUCAGCUCAAGAUUGAAGAAUCCAAACACUUCUCUCAGCCCGAGUCUGAAUAGUCCAAAACCUUCUCUCAGCCCAAGAUUGAAUAAUCCAAACACUUCUCUCAGCCCGAGUCUGAAUAGUCCAAAACCUUCUCUCAGCCGAAGAUUGAAGAAUCCAAACACUUCUUUCAGCCCGAGUCUGAAUAGUCCAAAACCUUCUCUCAGCCCAAGAUUGAAGAAUCCAAACACUUCUCUCAGCCUGACCCGAGUCUGUCUGAAUAGUCCAAAACCUUCUCUCAGCCCAAGAUUGAACAAUCCAAACUCUUCUCUCAGCCCGAGUCUGAAUAGUCCAAAACCUUCUCUCAGCCCAAGAUUGAAUAAUCCAAACACUUCUCUCAGCCCGAGUCUGAAUAGUCCAAAACCGUCUCUCAGCCCAAGAUUGAAGAAUCCAAACACUUCUCUCAGCCCGAGUCUGAAUAGUCCAAAACCUUCUCUCAGCCCAAGAUUGAAGAAUCCAAACACUUCUCUCAGCCCGAGUCUGAAUAGUCCAAAACCUUCUCUCAGCCCAAGAUUGAAGAAUCCAAACACUUCUCUCAGCCCGAGUCUGAAUAGUCCAAAACCUUCUCUCAGCCCAAGAUUGAAGAAUCCAAACACUUCUCUCAGCUCGAGUCUGAAUAGUCCAAAACCCCCAAGAUUGAAGAAUCCAAACACUUCUCUCAGCCCGAGUCUGAAUAGUCCAAAACCUUCUCUCAGCCCAAGAUUGAAGAAUCCAAACACUUCUCUCAGCCCGUGUCUGAAUAGUCCAAAACAUUCUCUCAGCCCAAGAUUGAAGAAUCCAAACACUUCUCUCAGCCCGAGUCUGAAUAGUCCAAAACCUUCUCUCAGCCCAAGAUUGAAGAAUCCAAAAACUUCUCUCAGCCCGAGUCUGAAUAGUCCAAAACCUUCUCUCAGCCCAAGAUUGAAGAAUCCAAACACUUCUCUCAGCCCGAGUCUGAAUAGUCCAAAACCUUCUCUCAGCCCAAGAUUGAAGAAUCCAAACACUUCUCUCAGCCCGAGUCUGAAUAGUCCAAAACAUUCUCUCAGCCCAAGAUUGAAGAAUCCAAACACUUCUCUCAGCCCGAGUCUGAAUAGUCCAAAACCUUCUCUCAGCCCAAGAUUGAAGAAUCCAAACACUUCUCUCAGCCCGAAAUCCAAAACUUCUCUCAGCCCGAGUCUGAAUAGUCCAAAACCUUCUCUCAGCCCAAGAUUGAAGAAUCCAAACACUUCUCUCAGCCCGUGUCUGAAUAGACCAAAACCUUCUCUCAGCCCAAGAUUGAAGAAUCCAAAACUUCUCUCAGCCCACCCGAGUCUGAAUAGUCCAAAACCGUCUCUCAGUUCAAGAUUGAAGAAUCCAAACACUUCUCUCAGCCCGAGUCUGAAUAGUCCAAAACCUUCUCUCAGCCCAAGAUUGAAGAAUCCAAACACUUCUCUCAGCUCGAGUCUGAAUAGUCCAAAACCGUCUCUCAGCUCAAGAUUGAAGAAUUCAAACACUUCUCUCAGCCCGAGUCUGAAUAGUCCAAAACCUUCUCUCAGCCCAAGAUUGAAGAAUCCAAACACUUCUCUCAGCCCGAGUCUGAAUAGUCCAAAACCUUCUCUCAGCCCAAGAUUGAAGAAUCCAAACACUUCUCUCAGCCCGAGUCUGAAUAGUCCAAAACUUUCUCUCAGCCGAAGAUUGAAGAAUCCAAACACUUCUCUCAGCCCGAGUCUGAAUAGUCCAAAACCCCCAAGAUUGAAGAAUCCAAACACUUCUCUCUCAGCCCGAGUCCGAAUAGUCCAAAACCGUUCUCUCAGCCCAAGAUUGAAGAAUCCAAACACUUCUCUCAGCCCGAGUCUGAAUAGUCCAAAACCUUCUCUCAGCCCAAGAUUGAAGAAUCCAAACACUUCUCUCAGCCCGAGUCUGAAUAGUCCAAAACCUUCUCUCAGCCCAAGAUUGAAGAAUCCAAACACUUCUCUCAGCCCGUGUCUGAAUAGACCAAAACCUUCUCUCAGCCCAAGAUUGAAGAAUCCAAACACUUCUCUCAGCCCGAGUCUGAAUAGUCCAAAACCGUCUCUCAGCUCAAGAUUGAAGAAUCCAAACACUUCUCUCAGCCCGAGUCUGAAUAGUCCAAAACCUUCUCUCAGCCCAAGAUUGAAGAAUCCAAACACUUCUCUUAGUCCAAAACCUCCUCCCAUCUUGAGGUUGACUUUUUUCUCAGCCCGAAGCAUAAGAGUCCAAACACUUCUCAUCCUGAGGCCGAAGAGGCCAAACACUUUUCUCAGCCCGAGGCUGAAUAGACCAAAACCUUCUCUCAUCUCGUGGUUGAAGAGUCCAGACUCUUUUCUCACCCCGAAGAGGAAGAUUCCAAACUCUUCUCUCGCCCGAGGCUGA